UCCAAUGGAGAAAGGCAACAUAUAUAAAUGAUCUCCCCAAUCCCCAAUCGCCAAUCGCAUUUGUAAAACUCACCCUAUUGAUUGUUGAAUGGGAGUUUAGCGUCUUUACGUCAUGCCCCUUCGAACUCUUCUAGAGCCACCCUAACACAUUUCAACAACAAGAAGUCUAAGUCAUAAAUAUUAAAAUCAUUAUUAUUUAAUUAAGUAAUUAUUAUAAAGGCAUCAAUGCCUUCCUCAGCAGUUCGCAGGCUCGCUAUGGCAGCAGCAUCCAGCUCCCUCUCACUCAAGCAGGGACUCUUACUUCGCCCUCUGCGUACCAAUCCUCUCACCCGACCUCGUCCUUCUUCCACUUCCCUCCCUUCCAGAAGCUUCCGCAGAUGCUACGCCGCUUUCGCCAACGAGAAUCGCGAGUACGUCAUCGUUGGGGGCGGAAAUGCCGCGGGAUAUGCUGCUCGCACCUUCGUCGAACAUGGCAUGGCCGAUGGUCGUCUUUGUAUUGUCACUAAAGAGGCAUAUGCGCCCUACGAGCGUCCUGCACUCACAAAAGCGUAUUUGUUUCCACCGGAUAAGAAGCCUGCCCGCCUUCCUGGUUUUCACACCUGUGUUGGAUCGGGUGGAGAAAGGCAGACUCCAGAGUGGUAUCAAGAGAAGGGGAUAGAGAUGUUGUAUCAAGAUCCAGUCAAGGAUAUUGAUAUUGAAAAGCAAACUUUGAUAACUAAUUCUGGAAAACAUCUGAAGUAUGGCUCACUUAUAAUUGCUACAGGGAGUUCAGCCUCGAGAUUUCCGGAGAAAAUUGGGGGAAACCUACCUGGCGUUCAUUAUAUCCGGGAGGUUGCAGAUGCUGAUGCACUGAUUUCAUCAUUGGGAAAAGCAAAAAAGGUUGUAGUUGUUGGAGGUGGAUAUAUAGGAAUGGAGAUUGCUGCUGCAACAGUUGCUUGGAAACUUGAUACAACAAUCAUAUUUCCUGAGGAUCAUCUCUUGCAAAGAUUGUUCACUCCUUCGCUUGCCCGGAGAUACGAGGAACUCUACCAAAAGAAUGGUGUCAAAAUAUUGAAGGGUGCCUCCAUAAAAAAUUUGGAAGCUGGCUCUGACGGACAUGUAGCUGGUGUCAAACUUGGAGAUGGAUCUGUUGUAGAAGCUGAUACGGUAAUUGUAGGCAUUGGAGCAAAACCUGCUGUGAGUCCCUUUGAGCGGGUGGGCUUGAAUACAGAAGUUGGUGGAUUACAGGUAAAGCCAAUGAAUAACAGAUUAUUUACAACAAAAUUAUAGGCAUGUUGAAAUACAGUAACAGUUGAAGAGCCUUUUGUUUAUGACAUCCUUUCACUGCCUUUACAGAUAUAUAACCGUACUGCUCGAGUGGAACAUGUAGAUCAUGCUCGUCGCUCAGCACAGCACUGUGUAAAAUCAUUACUCACUGCACAAACUCACACGUACGAUUACCUUCCAUACUUCUACUCAAGGGUGUUUGAAUAUGAAGGGAGCCCCAGAAGAGUAUGGUGGCAGUUCUUCGGAGACAAUGUCGGAGAAACAGUUGAAAUUGGAAACUUUGAUCCUAAAGUAGCUACCUUCUGGAUUGAAUCUGGUAAGCUAAAAGGAGUGCUGCUUGAAAGUGGGAGCCCUGAGGAAUUUCAGCUCCUGCCUAAACUAGCCAGAAAUCAACCCGUAAUUGAUAAGGCGAAGCUUCAAAGCGCAUCUUCUGUUGAGGAGGCCCUAGACAUUGCUUGGAGAUCCUUGCAAGUUGAAGCUACAGUCUAAUACAGAUCUUGGCAAUUCCACUCUGUUGUAACUGCUUUUCAGCGCUAAGAUUACGGGCCAUCAAAAUCAUCCUAGUAGAGAGUAGGGACCGUCCCUUUGAGAGGAAAUAAUUUUCGUGGUAUUCUCAUUUUGGUCACGACGAGCUGAAUGUCUCCUUUGGAUAUGAUCCGCUGCCAUUUGGGUCUAUGUAACAACAAUAAUUUCUUAAUAAUUCAAUACUUUUGGUCAGUAUACACCCACAAAUUCCCCCUCCUCCCUUAGGAGUUAGGACGUGGGGGGAAGGGUUCGAAUCUAAGGUACACCUCUUGCAAGGCAGAUAUCAUCACCACAUGGCUACUGUUGGCAGAUUAGCCUUAUUCAAA